AAAACUUUAGCGGGUUUAGUUAGUAUUAAUCAACGCCCGCGAAAGAGCGCACGCAUUCGAUACACUUGCGCGUUGAAAAGUUGUUUAAAACAAAAGUAAAUUAAAUUGUUUUUGCAACCAUAAGUUGCAGUAGCACACCCAGUAACAUCAAAGUGCUUGUUUUAAAUUAACAUUGUGUUGUGAUCAAUUUUAUAUAGAAACAUUUCAAUGGAAAACAAGGAGUCCCCAAAGGAGGCGCCUAAGGUCCCAAAACUUGAUAUGGGUGAUAUCGAAAAGGUUUUUGGGAAGCCACCUUCGCCAAAUCUCAAUGUUAAACCUGAUGUUAUGAUUGAAAAUGAGAAGAAUCACGGCAAAGACACACACGGUAGCAAGCCAAGAGAUGCAGAAGCUAUUCAUCAUUCACAGCCGCUACUGGAGCCUGACAAACAUCCACAAACACCACCUCUUGCUGGACCAGAAAUAGACGAUCUGGAGGACAUUCCACAUGCAGACUCCACACCAUAUCCUGGCAUUGAUGACGGUCUUCUGGAACCGGACGAUAAGAAAAACACCGAACCACAUAAUAAUAAUGAGGGGGACGAUAAAACAGACCGCGAGGGCUCCCACCACUCGACGAGGGAGGACGGUGUCGGAACUGAAGACGGUAAAUGGCUCUACACCAGUCAAGACGAGCCCGACUAUCCUUACGAUGCAACAAACGGUUUUGGUUAUAGAUUCGGUAUGGAGGAUCGGCCCGGUUCGCCUAUGAUGCCCGGGUCGAUUCCAGAUGUCAACACAUACCAACAGAAGAAAAAUUUGGCUCAAGGCAUGAUGGACUUAGCCUUACUAUCGGCGAAUGCUAACCAGCUAAGAUAUGUCCUAGAAUCUGCCUCAUCACACCCAUACUACUAUCCUAGCUUGACUUUCAUCGCUCUUAGCAUUGUGUUACAAAUCGGAGUUGGCGUAGGUUUGAUAAUGAACAGUCGGUAUAAUGUUAAGGACGAUAAAGACAUCUGUAAGGCGGAUAAAAUAAAUAAUUUUACAGUUUUAGGCGUAUUUCUUGUAACAAUUGUGAAUGUGUUUAUAACUUCAUUCAGUGUGGCCUCUCCAACAACGUCCAUACCGACAGCAAGCGUUCAGCAAGCUGGAUAGACUGUGUAGAGAAAGCUUGAUUCGAAUCGAUUCUUUUUUUUUAUUUACUGGCAAUUUUGCUUUUGGACAAUUCUGCCAGUGUCUCUCUAGGAGUUGUCAAUUGAUGUUGAAUUGAAAAUGGCGGCAAAGUUAAAAAAAUUGUUAUAUCUAUACUUAAAAUAUAAAGCUGAAGAUUUCGUUUAUUAAUUCGUAUGUUUGUUUGAACGUGUUUAUCUCAGGUACUACUGGAACGAAUUUCAAAAAUUCUUUCACCAUAUGUCCAUAAUCUCUGAGUACUAUAGAUUAUAUAUGUACCAUGAGCGGAGUCGAGAAGUAACGCUUGUAUCAAGAGCAGAAUCAGAAUGAUUAGCAGUGAAAAGAUAUUGUCUUUCUACCUAGUUGGUAAAAAUCAGUGAAUGUGAAAAAAUGCAAGAUAUUGACAGAAUGCAUGAUGCUACUGGAUAUAGCAAUUGCUAAUUAUAAGUUAUUGAUUUUGAAUAUCUAAUUAAUUAUUAAAAUUACCAUAAAAUUCUGUGUUCAGUAUGCGAAUGAUCUUAUUACCUUCAUAUACCAAUUUAAACUGAAUAUCAUGGUCCACACACAUUUGAAUUUGUAUAAUUAUAUUCUUUAUUAUACUGUAGAAUUUUGUAGAAUGCAAUCUCAAUAAUGAUAAGAAAAAAAUAAUGCUCAAUAUUUAAUAUAUUAACUCGAAACCUCGACUAUAAAAAGACUAUAAUCAUUCAAUGCACUGAAACCAGACUGUUUAGCAUUUACUAGGUUAGUGUACUUAAGAAUCUCGAAUUUGUAAAACAUUGUACCUAUGUAAGAUCUGUAAAAUA